AGUACCAAGGCUUAAUGUGGAAUUGCUUGGAAUAUCAUGAAUAUCACUUCUGAACGUUGAUGUUCUUAAUUUUCUGUUUUGAGAAAAGAUGAUCGUGAUCUGGUGCUUUCGUCCGAGUCCUCUACCGCGGUAUAUGGCACUGCCGUGUGAAUAAAAGAAUCAUCCAUCUCUGCAUCUACCGCAAGCCCCUCGAUACCGUUCACAAUCUAGAGAUCGAGAACAGCCUCAAAGGUCCAAGAACCCGAAAGUUGGAACUCGACGGGAACAAAGAGACGAAUGCAUAUGAGGCCAGAGGAAACAAAGAAAACUUCAACAAAACAAAAACCAGGGUUUCUUAUUAUAUAUACGAUUUGAUAUUCGAGUACGGCGUACCACUGACGCAUGUUUCGUUUGCAACUUAUUAUCUGCUUGCUAAGUUUGACGACAUCAUUACAUGCAAAUCUUACCAUCUUAAUAUAGCCAUCGACUCACCCCAUAUUUUAUAUCUUUGAUUUCUUCAACGUCCCCUUGAUUCGAUCCACUAUCAAGUUUUUACCCCUCAUAUAUCAAAAAAGAAAAUAUACUUCUUCAUACUUCUUGACACUUCAUCAUGAGAGGUGGUGGAGUAGCACUCAAAGCCCUUCAAUGGUUCCUCCGCGGCGUAGAAUUCUGCUGCGCAGCCAUUAUCCUCGGAAUCUUUGCCUAUUUCCUCGCCAAACUAUCUACCAAUAAUCUCCCCAUCUCCGAUCACAUCAAAGCCGUCGAAGGUAUUUCUGGUGCUGGCUUUGUCUAUACAGCUAUUGGACUUUCUCUCCUUUGCUGUCUCGCCGGCUUCAUAUUCUUUUCCAUCAUCGCUAUUAUCCUCGAUUUCUGCUUCACAGGCGCAUUUAGCUAUAUAGCUUGGGCUACUCGAGGUGGUAGAUCAUGUACUGGAUCGGUGGUUACUCCUCUGGGUAAUGGAAUUGUGGACACGAAUGAUAGGACUUCUGGUGUAGGUGCUGGGAGAAAUACAAGUCUGCCUAGUCUACGUGACAGUUGUAGAUUGAACACGGCUUGUUUUGCCGUUGCAAUUGUUGCUGCGUGAGUUUACCUCCCUUUCUAUCAUUAUAUUGAGUGCAGAAUAAGUAGAGAAACUGAAACUAACAUUAAAAAAGUGUAUUCUUCUUCAUUUCACUCUUCGUCGAAAUAGCCCUCAUCAAACACCACAAGAAAGAAAAAGCAUUCGGUCCCUCCCCCAACAAUGGCUACACAGCUGGUCGAUCCCGUCGUAAGUUCUGGCAACGUCAACCAGCCCGCGAUGGUGAAUACAUGGCCGGAGGAAUAGUUUCGGAAAAACCCGACUCAUUACCCGUCCAUUCUAGUCCUAACGAUGUGAGAAACUCAUACGCAACAGAUACGACAAUGAUGGCAAGAUCUCAUGAAGGAUAUGGUUCCCAAACCGGAUAUGGUCAUAGUCCUGUAUCUCCCGUUACAGCUACUCAUGGUCAACAAAUCAAUGGAGUUGAUUACCGAACGAGUUCUCCGUAUACGGUGCCGAAUGCGGCAGAGAUGCCCGCGGAUGGAUAUGGAGGGGCUCAUCAGUAUCGAACUGGAAAUGGAAAUUUUUAAAUAUCAUUUUAAGAGUUAUGAUUGAAAUGAUUAAAUGGGAUGGGGAUUGGAAUGGAAUGGGAAAGGAAAGGAAAGGAAAUGGAUCAGGCAUUGACCGACAUAGGUACCUAUCUACCUACACAGUUUUAUAGCCAUUUGGCUGAUUAUGUUUCUCCGGAGUUGUUAAACUGUAUCUGUCUGUAUAUAUAUUUAUAAUGAUACCAUGAUAGAUUUUAAUG